GGUUCGUCUUCGGAAGGAGGAAAAGCUGAGGGAGCAGGAACACAGACUGAAGGAGAAAGUCCAAACCAACAGUAAUAUAGCUGCAGACCAUCACCGUGAGAACAAGGAGGAGGAAAACUYUUCAUUCAGACAGAUGAAUGAAGCUAAAGACAAGCAGGAGAACCAACAGCAGACAAACCUGGAGUCCAGACCCUCUGUGGGGCCCCCUCCUAGCCUUAGUCCAGAGGAACUGGAGCAGGAGCAGGAGAAGGUCCGAGAACUGCAGAAGCUAAUCCAGAAGGCAGCGGCUCGCACCAGCCUGCUUCCUCUGGGAAGAGACCGUCUGUACCGCAGAUACUGGAUCCUCCCCUCUGCCUCUGUUCUGUUUGUGGAAGACGACUUCUUUGGCCUGACAGAAGACAUGCUGAAGCCUAGUCCAAAACCUGCUGAGGCCUCUCUAACCAACAUGGAAGAUGUUACGUGUGAUCCAGUCAGAGAAAGUGCUGGCUCAGGCCCUGCUUCUGUCCAAGUGAUCCGUCCCAACCAGUGGUCCUUCUACAGCUCCAUGGAGGAGGUGGAUCAGCUGAUCGAGGCUCUGAACCCUCGAGGUCUUAGAGAAAGCAGCCUCCGGGAGGCACUGCUGCAGGACCGAGACAAACUCCAGCAGAUGCUGCAGAACUGUGACUGGAUGUGCUACAGGAGAGCAGAUGAAGCUGAAGUGUCCCAAAAUGCCCCACGAUGCACUGCUACAGCUGACACUCUGAUGGAGGCGAGACUGAGAGACCUGCUGCUGGACAUGGAAGACCGGAUCCACCAAGGAACUCUAGGAACUCUGAAAGUGAUGAACAGACUGGUGUGGCGCUCUGCGCUGGAAGCAGGAAACUACGAAUUGCUCAGUUCAGAUGAGAACAGUCGAAUAACUGGACCAGUGGAGGCAAUGGAUUUGGAUUGUGGCCAGCAAAGAUCCAGAGACAGGCUACAGCUGAAGGUUGAUGGUUCAAUCACCUUUGGAACCAGUGGGAGUGGGACACCUCAAAUGGUCAGCAGCAGCAUACAAAUCCUGGCUCAGGCCCUCGGUCAUAUUGAGCAAGGCAUUGAGAGACGCUUCCUCAAACCUCCCCUGGGUGAUGAAGACUCAAAGAAAGACCAGAAGUUGAGAAAGAAAAAGAAAGACGACAAGCAGGCCAGUGAUGUAGAUGGUGGCAGUGACAGCAGUCGAGUCGUAAAGACUGUGUUAGAAAGAUGGAGGGAGUCUCUGCAGUCCUGCUCCAGUCUGUCUCAGGUGUUUGUUCACCUGUCCACUCUGGAACGAAGCAUCCUUUGGUCCCGGUCCAUCCUCAAUGCCCGCUGUCGGCUCUGCAGGCGUAAAGGAGAUGCAGACAACAUGCUUCUGUGUGACUGCUGUGACCGAGGACACCACACCCACUGCCUGAGACCCCGUCUCAAGUCUGUUCCAGAUGGAGAAUGGUUUUGUCCGGACUGCCGACCCAAACAGAGAUCUAGCCACAUCUCAUCCAGACAAAGAUCUUCCAUUGAUGAGGAGGAAGAGGAUGAAAAUGAGGAGGAGGAGGAUGAAGAGUCAGAAGAAGAGGAAACGUCAGAAGAGGAAAUAUCAGAAGAGGAGGAGGAAGAAAAAGUUGUGAGCAGCAAGAAGGUCCAGGCGCCACCCUUAAAAAGCAAGAGCCAACAGGCCACGCCCAGAAGUCAACAAGUUCCACCUGCCAACAGUGCAGCUGCCUCAUCUGGGAAAACUUCCUCAGCCACCAAGUCCUCAGGUAAAARAAACACCGCUCUAACGUCCAAGACCAAAGCUCCGUCCAAUUCAGGAAGUCGCAGCAAUUCUCGUCUGAGCCACGAGCUUCUGGCUCCAAGUGGCAAAUCCAGAACCCCUCCUGGUCAGAACAAGAGACUGUUGACAGAUGCUGCUCCUCCAAAGCCAUCUAAGAACAUCCUCCGUGUCCUUCCUUCCUCCUCCUCCUCYUCCUCUCGGCGGUCCUCUGGAAGGAACCAGGGUGUCCACGAGCUUUCAGCCUGUGAGCAGCUGACUGUGGAACUGGUUCGACAUGAAGACAGCUGGCCCUUCAUGAAGCUGGUGUCCAAGACUCAGGUUCCUGAUUACUAUGACAUCAUAAAGCAUCCGAUGGCUCUGAGUACUAUCAGAGAGAAGGUGAACAGCUGUGAAUAUCAGACUGCAGGUGAGUUCAUCUCUGACGUGGAGCUCAUGUUCUCCAACUGUCUUCAGUAUAAUCCUCGCCACACUAACGAGGCCAAAGCUGGACACCGCCUGCAGCAGUUCUUCCACUCCGAGCUCCACCGACUGGGCCUGUCAGAACGAGGCUCCGCCCCUCCCGCCAAACGCCACMGACCCUAAACCCACUAGGGUCCACUCAGGUAACCUCUGAGGAGGCAUCAGACCAUCUGUGCUCCUGACUUGUUGGUUUACAGUUUCUAUGACUCUGGUGUGAGGGAACUCCUGGGGUCAAACAACCCGUUUGAUUCGGUUCCCUCAGGUUCUGAGACCCAGUUGAUCCAGGAAACCUGAACCCACUACAGAAUGUUUCCAGUUGGUGGAGAAGUCAGAGGUUGUUGAUGUUAGCUCAGGGAGAAAAAUCUUUAUUUUUAGUGCAGCUAAGUUGUGUUGAAAAGCACCACAUGUCUGAGAUCUAACCUGGAUACAAAAACUGUUGAGUGUUGAAGAAUUUUCUGAGUUCAGUUUUGAUUUCAAGUUGACUGUUUGUUUGAGGCCAAAGAACAAACAUGUCUACCUGUCCACGUGUUGACAGAUAAAGUCUGGUGGCACUUUCUGGGUUUGUUCAGCAGUUAUGAUCUCCAGUCUGACAAAAUGAUGCUCUGCAGAAACCAGCUUUGUGUGCUGACUCAGCAGUUUUCACUUUUAUUUGACUUGACGCUGUGAACACUGUGUAAUUCCCAUGGUACCAGUUAUUGUGAGAGAACUAGAUAAUUUGUUCAAAAGUAAAUGGAAGUAAUUGCCUAAAUAUUUUGUUAUAAACAUGUUUUCUGCAGAAGAAAUAAUAUUUCAGAUAAAUCUUUGUAGUAAAAAGCAGCAGAAUGUGGUUCCUGAAACCUUGAGUCUCUGUUCAGAUAAUUGAGUUCAAAGUUGAAAAUGAUGGUUCAUAUUGAAGCUGAAAUGAAAAUGACCUGUUUUUCCUCCUGCAGAUUAGAKUUAAGUUAUUUUUAUACUUGUUGAACCCUGGAGCUGCUGCAGCUGUUAGCUCUGGACUACUGUUAGUUUUUGUUGGGUUUUCUGCAUGGAUGUUGGCUGUAGACACUACACUGGACCUGUUGCAGCCCUCCAUCACCCCCACCUCUUUAUUUUCUAUUUAUUUAGUUCAAACCUGUGUGUAUUUAUGACUGUUAGCUGCCUUGACUUCCUGUCGUUCUACAGUUCAAAUAAAAUCAUUUUUAAGCAUUUG